AAAAAAAAAAACCAAUGAAUGGAUCAACAAGGUGACUGCUCAACGAUUAAAUCCUCUUCAGGUUUAAAGAUGACUGCAGUGUUUUGCGAACAACAAUAUUAAAAUGAGUUCCUUCACAUCCAACAGCAAGUACACUUGCCACUUACUCAAUGGAAAGAUGCUUUAUAAGUCUCUUAUCGAGGCUUAGGGAGUGGAGUUGUAUUUAGUCGUGAGGAAAAGUUCUGCUGUGACAAGAAUCGAACCCAGGACCCUGAGAUUAGAAGGCAAGCAUCUUAACCACAUUCAACUAAAUUCCAAUGUAGACAAUACUGUACAUGUCAUUAAGUAGAGUCAAGGAAAAGACUACAAAUUUUUUAUUAUACAAAAUUUGAUUUGAAUAUGGACUCAAGAUGAUAAUAAACGAAGGGACUACACAUUCAAAAUUUAUCUAUGUCGUCAGCAUCAAUAUUUUAUUCGGAACAUCACUGUCUGUUCUUUCGUCGUUCACUUGUCCAACUCAUUGCAAAUGCAAUGAAGCCAAGGGUCUCACUAACUGUUCCAGCUUGCAAUUCACGAAGGUUCCCAGCAACUUGUCACAGAACACUACUGACCUUCAGUUGGGGGAUAACCAGAUGUUAAGUGUAAGUUCUGAGGAUUUUGAAAACCUCAAAUUACUAAGAGAACUCAAUCUCAAGAAAAAUAAUUUACGUGAGAUAGCCAACUUCACGUUCAGUAAUCUUACUAAUCUCGAAAAGCUAGUGCUACGAAACAACGACCUAACAAUACUAACUGCCGACACCUUUAAAGGCCUGACCGCUCUUCUAGUCCUAAAUCUAAGUAAUAAUAAGCUAGUGAACUUUCCUGCACUACUGCAGACUUGUACACCGAAACUUAAGCGGCUUUACCUUGGGUCAAAUUUCAUUUCCAUUGUCACGAAGGACAGUGGCAACCUGACAGCGAUGACGCGCCUUGGGUUGGCCAACAACAGGAUCCACACAAUUGAGAAUGGCGCAUUUUUAAAUUACCCGAAGCUCAUCAAUUUGGAGUUGAAGAAUAAUGGCCUUGUAAAUAUAACGCAUGAAUUUAUGUCGCCCUCACUUGGUAAACUUGAAAAAGUUGAUCUUAGUGAGAAUCGGAUUUCACACAUAACCCAAGAUGCCUUUCAUCACCUGCAACGGCUAACAAAACUCAAAUUGGAAUACAACCCUUUGGAAUAUCUAGAAUGUGAUUUGUUCACUCCACUCGUGAAUUUGAAAUCGAUUACGUUGCGACAGGGGUCUAUGGAAAGUAUUGCUGUGAAUGGAAAUAACUGUACGAAUCAAUGGUUUGAAGUGUGUAAACGACUUCAUCACGUCAACCAAAUGAGAGGAGAACCGAUUUAUGAGGAUCGACCAAUAACAAUUUCCGACUCAAGUAAAACUAACUAAAUUUUACUAAUUUGAAUAUGAAUGUUGGAUAAUGUGUUGGUGGCAGAUACACAUAUCCAUAAAUUUAGUCAAAUACACGUAUCCAUAAAUUUAGUCAAACACACAUUGUAUGAAGACAUGGUGUUGUGAGUACAGAACCUUAAAAUCAGGCUCCGGUGGAAAACAUAUUUUUUAUAUGCUGUAAAUAAAUUUUUAGGAGUGUGACCUUAAGUAUCUGUCUGUCACAAAGUUGCCAAGAAACAGAUUUUUUUUUUUUUUUUUAACAGUCAGGUGCAUAUACAUAUUGGGAUAUUUUGUACUGUCAGUUAAGACACACUUUCAUUUGUUUAAAUACAAACCAACACAGGUGCUAAUACAUGGCUAUAGAUGUACAGUUGUCAGUGUAACACAUACAGGUGUCAAUAUGAGAUAGACAUUCCAGGUGUCAAUAUGAGAUAUACAUUACAGGUGUCAGUAUGAGAUAUAUAGGCGUCAGUAUAGUUAUACAGGGAUGCACUGUAAGUAUUAGAUAUACAGGUGGCAAUAUAUGACAUACAGUUGUCAGUAUAAGAUAUAGGUUUCAGUAGAGUGUAGUAUUAAUACAGGUGCAAGUAUAGAUAUAUAGGUAUCAGUUUAAAAUAUACAGGUGUCAGUAUAAGAUAUACAGGUGUCAAUUUAGGACAUACAUGUGUCAGUAAAUAGCAUCAUGGGUGGGUACAAGACAUACAGGUGUCAAAAUAUGACAAACAUGUGUUAAUAUUACACAAACUACAGGUGUCGAUAUAUAAAAUAAAACUUACAGGUGUCAGUAGAAGUAAUAAAUGUAUCAGUACCAUAAAUGCUUGAAUAAGUACCGCACCAAACCUGAUUUAUUUUGCUAAACACCGCUCUUGAAUAAGCGCGGUGGCGCUUAAUCAAGAGUAUAUACCCUGUGUGCAAUGAAACACUUUGAGAAACAGGGUUUUAAUACAAUGUGUAGCGGUAAAAUGAAUAAAUAACGCAAUGAAGACAUUAGGCCUACUGAACUACAGAAAUAUGUUAGAUAGGUAAUAUGGGAACGGGCGUGGAAAGCGCCACUCAAGUACUUUUUUUUAAGCACCGCUCUUGAAUAAGCGCUGCACUGAAACGUCAAAAAAUGUUAUAAGCACCGCAGUGCUUAUUCAAGCAUUUACGGUAUAUUAAUAUAAAGUGUUAGUAUAGGACAUGACAUAAAGGUGGCUGUGCAGAAAUACUAUGUAACACCUACAGUAUAUCGCAAAAAAUUCAUUAAUGCGUUCCUAUGGCACACCUUAAGUUACCUGAAUGUCUGUUAUUUACAUUACUAUCUGUAUUGGCAUCCAAAUGCAUGUAUAACCACACAGGUUUCUGCAGACCUAAACCCGUUUGUAUAAUGGCUAAACGAUGCAUGUAUAGCGUAACAAAGGGUCUGCUGACCUAAUUAAGUGCUAUAUAAGAACGACAUAUUAUUAUUAUUAUUUUAUUAUGUCUGUAGACCUAAAAAUCUAUCUGUUAGUUACUACAGUUGUGUGUAUUUUAAUACAAGAGAGUUUGUAUAUAUAUAUAUAGUAGGUAGACAUGAAGACGUUAGAUCUAUCAGUGUCUAUCAGUGUCUAAAUUAGAUAUAAAUGUGUCUGUAAAUACAAAAAUGAGCCUGUAUACACAUACUGUUUUCUGUAUGGCUUAUAUGAAUGUAUCACUGAUGAUUCCUAACCAAAACAUAAUGAAAGUUUAUGAAAUAUCCAGGUUGCAAAAAGUCUGCAGCACGGUUACAAACAUUCCGAGUUACAGAAAGUGAAACUUCCAAUAUGUUGACACGGAAGUCAUACUGUCUGACAUUUGUAUUGAUGUUUGUUUUGGCCUACAUGUUUGUUCAGUGGCAAAACAAUGUAACUUGAAAUUUUCACUUUUGAAGAAAAAUAGAGUUAAAGUUUGCAUGUUUGCAACUUGGUAAUAAAUUGUCGUACCCGUUUGAAAUUUUGCAGGAUUGUAUCUGUAUAUAUUGUGAUUCUAUGUAAAAUUUUAAUUACAACCAUUUGUUUAUUGCAAAGUUAUUAGCGAUAUUCACAGGAUACGUUGUUUUGCCUCAGAAACAUGUCAGACUCUGUGUUGUUGCAAAUGGGACAUAUUUUUGCAAUUUAUCACGUUUGGGGGCAAUCAUAUGCAUUAUUUAGCUUGUUCAUACGUCGUCGUAAGGAUUAUUGAUAUGGAAACCCCAAUAACCAGUUGAUUUCACCUUGCCAAACUCCAUCUGCUCUAAACAAUUUUUGAAUACCAUUCCGAGGCAAAACAACGUACCUUUAUAGUAGAUACGUUGUUUUGCCCCGUAAUCUUGUAGUUCCGUUUUUUUACCACGGAAAAUCACUAGAUUUUAAGUUUGUGCCUAAAGAUAGUGGUGCUAUAUCUGAAACGACUCACUGUUGAGACCUGAAAUUUUCACAGGUAAUUCAGAAGUGUUUAAUAUACUCCUAAAUGAUAUUACCUCAAAAUCGACAAAAAUGUCAGUUACGCUGUUUUGCCUCGGGACAGCCGUACAGUUAUCAUUAAAUAUGGACAUAUGUGUUUACAAAAUAAAAUCUACCUACACAAACAAG